AUGGCUCGGCGCGGCUGGCGGCAGGCGCCCUUCCCUUGCGGCGGCGGUGGCGUCGGCGUCGGACCCCAAGCCCGGCCGCUCAUGCGGCCCCUCUGGUUGCUCCUCGCAGUGGGCGUCUUUGGCUGGGCCGGGGCUUCGGACGGUGCCGGCGGAGCAACGAGAGUCAUGGACGAGGAGAUCGUGUCCGAGAAGCAAGCGGAGGAGAGCCACCGGCAGGACAGCGCCAAUCUGCUCAUCUUCAUCCUGCUGCUCACCCUCACCAUUCUCACGAUCUGGCUCUUCAAACACCGCCGGGCCCGCUUCCUGCAUGAGACUGGCCUGGCUAUGAUUUAUGGUCUUUUGGUGGGCCUUGUGCUUCGGUAUGGCAUUCAUGUUCCAAGUGAUGUAAAUAAUGUGACCCUGAGCUGUGAAGUGCAGUCAAGUCCAACUACCUUGUUGGUAAACGUUAGUGGAAAAUUUUAUGAGUAUACGCUGAAAGGAGAGAUUAGCUCACAUGAACUGAAUAAUGUCCAAGAUAAUGAAAUGCUUAGGAAGGUAACUUUUGAUCCAGAAGUAUUUUUCAACAUAUUACUUCCUCCUAUCAUAUUUUAUGCAGGUUAUAGUCUGAAAAGGAGACAUUUCUUCCGGAACCUUGGGUCUAUCCUAGCAUAUGCUUUUCUUGGAACAGCAAUUUCUUGUUUUGUUAUUGGGUCGAUAAUGUAUGGCUGUGUAACACUGAUGAAAGUAACUGGGCAACUUGCAGGAGAUUUUUACUUUACAGAUUGCCUGCUAUUUGGUGCCAUCGUAUCAGCGACAGACCCAGUGACUGUUCUUGCCAUAUUCCAUGAGCUUCAAGUUGACGUUGAACUCUACGCACUUCUUUUUGGGGAAAGUGUCCUCAAUGAUGCUGUUGCCAUAGUGCUGUCCUCCUCAAUAGUAGCAUAUCAGCCAGCUGGAGACAACAGUCACACCUUUGAUGUCACAGCCAUGUUCAAGUCUAUUGGGAUCUUCCUUGGGAUCUUCAGUGGCUCUUUUGCGAUGGGUGCUGCUACUGGAGUGGUGACGGCUUUGGUGACAAAAUUCACCAAAUUGCGGGAGUUCCAGUUGCUGGAGACCGGCUUGUUUUUCCUGAUGUCCUGGAGCACCUUCCUUUUGGCUGAAGCAUGGGGCUUCACAGGUGUGGUUGCAGUUUUGUUUUGUGGCAUCACACAAGCACAUUAUACAUACAACAAUUUAUCCACAGAGUCUCAGCAUAGGACAAAACAGUUGUUUGAGCUUCUCAAUUUCUUGGCAGAGAAUUUCAUCUUCUCCUACAUGGGGCUCACACUCUUCACUUUCCAGAACCAUGUCUUUAACCCAACAUUUGUAUUGGGAGCAUUUAUUGCUAUUUUCUUGGGAAGAGCUGCCAAUAUUUACCCCUUGUCUCUCUUACUUAAUUUGGGUAGAAGAAGUAAGAUUGGAUCAAAUUUUCAACAUAUGAUGAUGUUUGCUGGUCUUCGUGGUGCAAUGGCAUUUGCCUUGGCCAUUCGAGAUACUGCCACUUACGCACGACAAAUGAUGUUCAGCACCACACUUCUGAUUGUGUUUUUUACCGUGUGGGUAUUUGGCGGGGGCACCACUGCCAUGCUGUCAUGCUUGCAUAUAAGGGUUGGUGUUGAUUCAGACCAAGAACAUUUGGGUGUUCCUGAAAAUGAAAGGAGAACUACUAAAGCAGAGAGUGCUUGGCUCUUCCGGAUAUGGUACAACUUCGAUCAUAACUACCUGAAGCCUCUGCUGACACACAGUGGGCCUCCCCUCACCACCACGCUCCCAGCCUGCUUCGGGCCCAUUGCCAGGUGUCUAACCAGUCCCCAGGCUUACGAAAACCAAGAGCAGUUGAAAGAUGAUGACUCCGAUCUGAUUCUGAACGAUGGAGAUAUCAGUUUGACAUACGGGGAUUCUACUGUGACCACCGAAUCGGCACCAUCUGGAGUCCCGAGGAGAUUUAUGGGCAACAGCUCUGAAGAUGCCUUGGAUCGGGAGCUUGCAUUUGGAGACCACGAACUGGUCAUUCGAGGGACGCGCCUGGUUCUUCCUAUGGAUGAUUCUGAACCCGCAUUAAAUUCAUUAGAUGAUACGAGACACAGCCCAGCCUAAGCUUAUUAGUACUUACUUAGUGAUUUGUAUAAUUUGCACAUGUGAUUGUGAAGAAAUUUGUACUACCUAAAAAGUCCUAGUGCAUGUCUCUGAAUGUGUAAGCUAUAUAAAUGCUAUUUAUAUGGCAUAGAAAGAAUAUAAAUAUCCUGUACAAGGCAGAUUGUGAGCAAACUGUUCUUUUAAGUUUUGAUGGCUGCUCUGUGUAGGCUGGAUCUGUUUUAGAAGGUUACUUUCACAGUGAUGUUGUGUGUUCUGUUAGCUUUAUGUUUCAGUUAAAGUAUAAAAAGUGACAGAUUUACUCUUUCUUAUAUUUACCUGACACUUAUCCGGAGUACCAAGUUCUUGUGAUGUGAAUUAAUUUGUGUGUGUGUGUGUGCGCGUGCGCGUAUGUGUGUGCGUGAUGGGGGAGGGAGAGGGACGAGGGGGUGUUACUGCCGAGGGAACCUAGGGAGGGGAGGUUCCUUUGUUGGCAAACUUCUGCUGGCUGCUGCUGCCUUUGUCCUGACCUUUCUCUUUCCUUUCUCUGGUGGCCCACUGUGGUGCAAGAAACUGAUGGCAUUUUGAUCUUGCCCCAUUCAGGUUGGGGAGUGAAGUGCGGGGCCUUUUGCCCCCUUGCUAUGAAAGAACAGAUUCACUGACUACCAUACAUUGCUGUUCUCAAAGCAGGCUACACAUGACCUUAGUGCUUUCCUUCUAGGCCAAGACUGCAGGAGUCGCAUCUGGCUGGCUUUGCCAAAGUACAGGUGUAUGUAGUUCAGGGCACUUGAUUUACAUUUGGAGGGGCUGGGUCAGGUGGAGAGGGCAAGAAAGAAGUAAAGAGCAUGAUGAUGUCAGAGGUCUCUCUUCUCAAAUAUGUAAAUAUACCCGAUAAGUUUAAAUAAGAAAUCUGAUUGCUGCUUAAUUUUUGAUCAUGUACUUUAUCUGUAUAGCAAGCUUUGUUUUCAGAAGUUUUUAUAUCGAUUUAAAUUGCUGCCCUUGAGCAGCCAGACAGGAGCAAAAUGUAAAAUUUUUAAACUUAACUGUGUCUAAUUGUCAUUUGUUAGUCUGUAGUAGAUGUGAAAAUUUAAUUUAUGAAUCCAGGAUCAUCCGUACUACACCAAAGGCAGUCUCUGGAGCACUUACGGCAAGGUGGCUCCUUUGUGUGCACUGGGUAUAGUUGUCUUCAUUAUCAUGUUAUGUUUAAUAUUAAAUACCUAAGCUGCCAUAUGAGUUUUUACUUUUACAGUUUUCAAGGAAGAGCACAGAAAAAUUUCCCAUUUCACAUUCAUAGUAUGUAAGUGGAUUCUGUUUUGUAAUGCUGAAAAUACCUGACAGUGCAUUGAACACUUGGAAGGGAAGUACUUUUUGAUGUUGAUUCUGUUAAUGACUCAGAAGAACGGUACACACCCUUGUGGAUUUUUUUUCCUCAGGUCUGAGUAGCAUUGCCUUAAAUUUUACCCAAUUAGAAAGUCACUUUAUUUAAUGUGAUGUUCAAAUUUUCCACCAAAAAAUCCUUCCAAACAGAGUUCUGUGCUAUCGCAAAUACUCCUUGAGAUUUUAAAGGAAUUUCCAUGUUGUACCCUUUAGUGGCGGCCUUGACUGUUGGCAUAGCCAUUUGUUAUGUAGUGGUAGCGACUUUCCUGCCAUGCAGGACUCCCUCCUGUGAAGUGUAUGUUUUAUACAGUGUGUGCCUCUUCAUGCAGUGAAUAAUUUCUUGUUAAUGUAUGUUUGAGGGGCUUUGAAUGUCAGCGUUAUUUACCCACAGAGUUAUUCAAGUUGUAAAAGGUUAUACAAUAAUUUAACAACUACCUUUUUUAUUCUGUCAGGUUACUGAGCUCACUUUACGAAAAUGGCUGUAAAUACUUAGCAUGACAAAUUCUGUAACUCGUCUGUUUCAGCAUGCAUUAGGGAAACUGGUAAAGCUUGAGUCCACUAAAUCUGCCUUCAGUACUUUAUCAAAGGAGAACCAAGCCUGCUGUGCUUAUAUCAGCAUCUUGAAGAUUCUCUGCUCCUCCAAUCAGUGUACACAUCUCCAUACAAAGAAGAGAAAACCAUCUCUGCUCAGAUACCUAUCGUUUGGAGACACCUGAGUGAACUUUGAUGAAGGACAGUAUGAAUUACCAUCAUGCACAAGUAGAACUGCUCUUGGACCUGUCUUUCUGUUGUUUGCAGAACCUACAUGUUUGAUUGACUUGAACGUUGCAUCUUUUGAGGUUAUUUUUUAAGGUCUCUUGGCAUUUAUCCUAGUUGUCUGUGUUUGGCAAUGUGCUGUUGAAGUAAUAGACUUUUAAUCUCUAUGUAUUUUUUGUUUUCCCUUGAAGUACUUGGACAGAUAUUAUAGUCGUUUCUUUUAGGAAAAUCUGUCAUUAAAAUUAUAGCCUUGCAAAUAACCACUCA